GGGACGUGAUCGUUUCCACUAAGCCAUCACUUUUAGCGGGAGUGGCACAGAAGACAACUGCGAAGAGUGACGGAGUGGAUGUUGGUUUCGUCCGAGUUCCUUCAGCUGCUUGUUCCUUGUCGAGACCAAGCGGGUGGACAGGUGCAAGGAUCGCUGACGUUCCGAGCCUCCAGGCAUGCCAAGCUGCUUGGAAGAAGGUCGCUCAGAAGGCUUUGGAAAGCAGCGAGGCCGAGAUGCCCAAGGCCAAGGCUGGUGCGAAGAGUGCCCGCCUAGCCAAGGAACUAGGGGGCUUGAGCCGCUUCUUCGAGACGGGUGCCAGCGACGACGACGACGUCGAGGAAGAGACCGACUACGAAGAUGCCGAAGACGAUCGGAAACACUUAGCCCCUGGACAGAGCGCAGCCCGGAGCUCCAAGGACGUGAAGAAGAAGAAGGACAAGAAGGAGGAGGAUCUAGAUAUAAAAGGACUGCUUCAGGCCAGCCUGGCUUCGGGAGCCGGGGAGACCAAGGACUUGCUCACCGUGGUGCUGCUCAGUCAGUUGGUGAACCAAGGAAAGCGAAAGAAGAGCAAGCGCCGCAGCGCAUCCUCUUCGGAUCCCCUUGGUGGUUCAAGCUCAGACAGUUCGGACAGCGGAGGAGAAGGAGAGGAGGCCCGAGGGAUGAAGGCGGUAAACAGUCUUCAUCGGCUACAUGCUCAGAUUCUCCGGAAGCCGAAAAGGAUCUACGAGGCCUUCGAAGCCGAAGUCGUGAAGGAGCUCGGGGUGACACCUGGACAAGCGUGGACACUCCGGGACUUUGUCAAGAAGCAGAGUUGGGGGCGGUACAAAGGACUGUAUCGAUGUGCGAUGAUGGACGUAGCAGUGUACGAGCACCUGCGUGCAGGCCGUCACGACGUCGCGACGGCACAGACCGUCCAGAAUCUCAAAGCAAAGAUACAGGCGGUUCUGAACCUAGGGGACUGGGAUACAGCCUGGUUGCUCACCGGGCUCCCAGACCCGCUGCACAAGAAGGAAUGGGCCGGCACCAAGCAGGAGAUGAGCGUGGUGUCCGGGUACAUGGAUGCGAUGAUGAAGCUCAAGAAGAAAGUCCGGGAGGCCCAGGGUGGUGCGGAUGCCGAGGACGAGGAAGCAGGGUCGGAGGCUGAGGCUUGUUUGAUCUGGGCGAAGCACCUCCUCAACGGCUUCGUCGCCUGGUCGAACUUUGUUGUCCUCGGCUGCCCGGGUGGUGCCCAUGAGCCGCGAGUGGUCUAUCGAUCUGCCAGCGAGGCUCGGAGCUUCGCCGACAGACUACUUGGCGAGACUCUUGAAUUCGCAAGCCCUGAUUUAGUUUUGGGUCGUUUGCGCUGUGAAGGCAAGCGAGCGACUGUGGAGGCGCUUUUGCGCCAAGUUGAGGGUUUUGCGGCCUCAGGGUACUGCGAGUCUGUUCAGGCUGCUUCUUCGACUCCUUCUUCGGCCAUGGCCGUCACGGCAAAACGUGUGGCAGUGCCGGAGGAAGCUGGCUGCGUGGAUCCACUGGAAUGGCUGCCACCCGAGCAGGCACAGAUAGUGGAGGACCUAGACCAGAUCCGGAAAGAGCCUCAUUUGUGGGAGGCGCGAUGUGUACCCUGUCACAGGGUGCCUCUCUCAGAGGAGGCCGCGAUGUGUGAAAAGCUUUUGACGACACGCAUGGCAGUGCUGGUUCGGGAGGACGUGCUUCCUCGAGGACCUGAGGGCCAUCUUUUGUCGGGGGGCUUAUUUGCUGUGCCUAAGAAUGAAGCUGAAGACCGGUUGAUCUUUGACCGCCGACCAGAGAAUGCCACGAUGAUGGUGUUGGGCAUGGGCGACCGCAAUGGUUGCGCUAUAGCUCAAGCCACGCACGAGGCGAUCCUGAAGAAAGGCGGCCUGUUGGAGCCCCAGGAGACACUCGUGUAUGGUAAGGCGGCUCCCAGUCGUGACCUUUGGCAAGGUGUUUACAUCGAUGAUCUUCUCAUCUCGUACCGCAAGACGCUCAAGUACCCCAUCCCCCUUGAUGGUUCCUUCAUUCCCCCGCUCGCCGAGGCUGACGAUCCUGACAUGAAGCUGGUGAAGGCGGCCGAGGACAUCUACGACAAGGCAAACCUCAAGCGCGCGUUGCACAAAGCUUUCAGGGCAGAGUGUAGCUUCAAGGCGUGGGGAGCUGAAGUAUGUGGCAUCCGAGGUCGUGUGGGAGCUCCGAAGAAGAUUCGUCAACAGGUGUGGUACUUGAUCUCCUUGAUCGUAGAGUCUGGGUGGGCGUGCAAGAGUGUGCUUGAGAAGGUUAACGGCUUCUUGGCUUUUGCUUUCUUGUUCCGCAGGGAGCUCUUCUGCUUGCAGCAUCGCAUUUACACCUACUGGCAAAUGCCCGACGCUAAGUGGGUGCGAUUACGGAGUUAUGUGGUAGACGAACUACAUAGUCUCAGUCUUCAUUUGGUUUUCGUUGAGUGGGACAUGCGGUACAAGUUAAGCUCUUCUAUCCUUGCCACCGAUGCGACCCCGACGUCGGGGGGAGCAGUUCGGGCCGAAGCCCCGCACAGCUUGGUCCAGGAGUUGUGGCGAAGGUCCGAAGUAAAAGGAGCUCCUAUCCAGCUUGAUCGCAAUUUGGCCACUGAGGAACCGCCGGAGCCGACCGAGACUUCGGCCUUCGCAAGUGCAGUUGCAGAGAGCUUACCCUGGGCAGAGACUGCCAGCUACAGCUUUAGAGAGAGCAGCCACAUAAACUUGCAAGAGGCGCGAGCUCUCCGGCGAGAGCUCCGUAUUCUGGCGAGCCAGUACGACCGAGGCAAGUCCAUUCAGAUCUGCUUCAAUGACUCGCUUGUUUGUGUGUAUGCAUUCUCCAAAGGGCGCUCAUCUUCAAUCAAGCUCAACAGCAUUUUGAGAGGGUUGCUGCCUUACCUCAUCAUGGGGCGAGUGAGCCUCGCUCUCUUAUGGGUGGAAACCGAAUCAAAUAUCGCAGACUUCCCGUCGAGGUGGAAGCCGGUGCCUGCACCAAGAACUGCACCCGCGUGGCUCCGAGCCUAUGGCGUCGGGAAUUGCGCGUGCUUUUGCGGGCUUGAGGUUUUCUAUGGGGCAGGAGUGAUAACAGCUGCGCAUCUACAACGCGGGCUACACAUGCGCAGGUUUGAUGAGUAUGGCGAGAAUCUGCUAGAACAUCAGGGUGUUUUUAACGGGGUCAUCGACUGCCUGAUCUCUCAGCGUCUUGUGCAGUGGCUCUGGCUGGUCCUCUGCGGCCUGCGGGUCGACCUCAAGGGGACGAGUCGAAGCCUGAGGAGAAUGGCUUCUUUGUCAUUGAGCACCCUGCUGGAUCAAAGGCAUGGUUGCUACCAGAGACUCAACGCAUGCAGCGACUUCCUGGAGGAGAUCAACCUGACGCCGCAGUACCGAAGGCACUUGCGUGAGGCUGGAGGUUGGGCAUUGGGAGUGGUCUCGGAUCUUGGUGGGAAUCUUCAUUCCAAGAGCUCUUCACGGCAUGUCGACAUGUGGUUGGAACGAAUGGUAGAUUGGUCAUUUACGCAUGGAGAGAAGCUUUACUGGACCGCCCUAGCAGUCCUCAGCAUCCAACGGCGUUUCAAGCUUUCAGCGCCACUUUUGCGCUGUACGUGGGCCGCGAUAAAAUCCUGGCGACUGCUGCAGCCCAUCCUACCCAGAGUACCGAUGACGUAUUACGUGCUCCGGUGUGUGUUGGUAACUUGCCUAGGUCGAGUAUGUGCAGUACACGGUCGUUCGCGACUGGAGUGGAUGUCAGUGAUGUUGGCGCUGUGGGUGGCUUUCGAAGGGCUACUGCGACCAGGGGAAGUGGACCGGCUGGUGUGUGAUGAUCUCUGCUUCCCAGAACACGCAGAGCUUAGCGAAGGGGUCGGUCUCGUUAUCAACAUCCGGCAGGCGAAAACCCGCCGGGUUUGGGCGAACCAAUUCGUGAUCAUUAGGUGCCCUCGCCUCAUUGCAUGGCUACAAUGGUGGUGUGCAGGACUUCGGAAACGUGAUCGCCUGCUAAUGGUCAGCAAACGCAAGUGGGGAUUGCUGCUCAAAGAGAUCCUGGAAUCGUUGUCCCUUCAAACCUGUGGGAUGACAUUAGGCAGAUGGCGCCGACCUGAAACACUGCAUCACUAUUUACAAGAUGCGCUUGCCGUGCACACGCUAGCUAAUGCACCACCCGAGGCCAAGGCAAACAGCGCCACUUUGCUACGCGGUUUCGUCGCCCUCAAUGGAACCUACCCGCAGGGCAGCGCUCCCCGGCACGCCGAUGAUGCUGUGGCGCCCGCCAACGCGGAUGAAGCAGCGGAAGGAGUCCUGCAAGCAGUUCAGGUGGCGGCAGCCUCUCUGGGCUCCCAGCCUGUCGAGCGGGGAGGCCUGAGCGCCGCGGAGCUGCUUGAGGAUCCCCAAGAGGUGGCUAAAGCGGCUCGCUGGCGCACAGGUGACUCGGUGCGGCGCAUGACCUCGGUCCUGGCGCGCGUCUCGCAGGUGUUGAAAAGUUUCGUGGAAGCCCCAGCGCAAGGCUUACAAGGCGGCGCUGUACCCUCUCCAGUGCGGCCUCUCCCUUUGCGUGGCUCCAGUGCCGCCGUCGUCCAGGACAGGGCACAGAAAUCUUCUUCGACGUCGGCUCGGUCCUUGGCGACUUUUUGCUGGCCCGCGCGCUGGAAAUGGUUGAUGGCCAUCCUGUUCCUCACGGCGGUGCUCUUCCCUCGCGUGGUGGCAUUAGUCAUAGCCCUUUGCAUCCGCCUGGUUUGCCGUUCCAUCACGGGCCUCGCUCUUCAUGUUGUCAGAGAGCUGUGGAUGCAGGCCACUUUGGCUGCCAUGGAGAUUGAGAGCAAUGUGGCCACAUGGCUUUAUGAGCAGUUGGGUUUUGUGGUACCUCAUGUGACGCCGGCGCCACCCCCACUGCUGACACAUGGGCUGCCUGCCACGCCUGCCGCUGCAGGCUCGGACAGCCCGCCCCACCCGACCCGCCCAGUCGACAUUGUUAUGAUUGUCCUGCUCGGGCUGAACCUACGCCGUGCUCCUCUGGUGGGGGGGGGUGGGGAUGCCAGGGAUGCCAGAUAG